CUGCCCGAGAACAGAGAGACCCCCUUCCAUUACCUCAAAGGGUAAAAACACCAAUCCAUCUAUGAGAAACGCCGUUUAGUUCUCGCCAGUGGCAUGAGCGGGUAACCAUCUGAGUUAUGGAGACUACUUGUGUUAUUCAAAAACCCCAAAAGAAAAAGCAGAAACUGAAUGAAGAAGAGGACAUUGAUGGGAACAGCAAAAGCUUAGGAAACUUACCUGAGGAGAUUCUUCGACACAUCCUUUCCUUUCUUCCAACAAAAGAUGCUGUUGGGACAAGCCUAGUUUCUAAAAGGUGGGAAUACCUUUGGGCUUCUAUUCCCAAUCUAGAUUUUGACAUGUACUCGCCUGCUAAGAAAAAGCGUAAGAGAACGCUUUUUAUGAAUUUUGUGGACAGGGUGCUCUGUGUUCGUGACUCCUCUGUUAUAAAUCGAUUCACUCUCUGUUGUGACGUGCUACAUGAUGCAUCUCGUGUUAAUACGUGGAUCUCUGCGGCAGUAAGGCAUAAUGUUCAAAUGUUGGAUAUUAAGCUUGACAAGUUCAAAGGAGAAUUUUCACUGCCUUAUGUUUUGUUUACUUGUAAGACACUAAAAAGCUUGCACCUUUGUAUGCCCUGUAUGCUCAAGCUUCCCACUGCAAUUUGUUUCUCCAAUCUAAAGAUCUUGACUAUCAAAAAUGUUACAUUUUCGGAUGAGUGCUUGACCGAGAAGCUUUUCUCUGAUUUGCCAGCCCUUGAGGAGUUGCAAUUACACGGUUGCAGCUGGGGGGAUCUCAAGGUUGUGCGUAUUUCUGUUCCCAAUCUUCAUUUUCUGAGCGUAAAAGACUUUGAGAGACCAGAUUCGAGAAAUGGGAAAGGUUGUCAGGUUAGGAUUGUUGGAGCUCGACUCGAAGAAUUUCAUUAUGGUGGUCUUAUGUUUAACGAAUAUCGCUUAUUUGUGUCAUUCAAACUGAAAAAGGCAAAGAUUGGUACUCGAGCUAAAAACACUUCAGAACAAAGUGCCCAUCGCAUGCAUAAGCUUCUUACACGGCUCUCCCCCGUACAAUUCCUAAUACUUUCCUCUGAUGUGGUUAAGGUUUUGAUAAAUGCAGAAGAACUCCUAACUAAUAUGCCUACGUUCAAUAACGUGAAGGAUUUGGAGUUGAAUGGAACGCCACUAGAUCUUGACUGUGAAGCACUGCUGGAGAUAUUGCAAUGUUUUCCUCGUCUUGAAAAUUUGAAAAUUUUGCGGGAGAUCAAUCUGUCGUCAAGUUGUGAAGAAGAUGAAAGGAUAUUGUGUCCAAUGCCUCCAUGUUUUUUGUCGCAUCUCAAGUGGAUUAAAGUCAAUUGUUAUAAUGGAGAUGAGAAGAAGCUUUCUGUCAUAAAAAUUUUUCUCAAGAAGGCAAUUGCCUUGGAAGAAGUAGUUAUAUCUUUAGAGAAUCUUGGAUGGAACUUAGAGAAGCAAUUGAAGGCUUGUAAACAACUUAUGGAGCUUUCUAGAGCGUCACAAAAUUGUAAAAUUGUUUUGGAAUGGCAUGAUUAUUCCACUGAAAAAGAAUGUAGGAUUGUUUUGUAAUGGGUUUUUCUUGAGCUCUUGGUCUAGAGAGAAGCUAUGAAAUUCCUGGUUUUUGGGCCAUCUACCUUAUCGUGGUAGCUUGUUAUGCAAUGUUCGUUUGUACAAAUUUUGGUUUGUGCUAAUCCUGUAAUAGCUAGU